GAACGAACGAACGAACGAAAAUAAAAGUAAAGAACUCCAACAAUCAUUAAAUAAGUAACGAAUGAUUUUGUUUAAAGUUUUCAUUUUAUUGCUACCUUUCGUUGUUUACAGUGAAUCGAUUACAAGGAUUCAAUUACAUUCAUCUCUUCAUUUAAACUUAUCUUAUCCUGUAUUGAAUCAUCAAUGGAAUUUAUCAAUUAAACAAUUCAAAAAUAAAUGGUUCCAAAGACUGGUAUCAUCAAAGAAUGGAAUAUAUACUGAAUAUUUAGAAAAUUACCAAAAUAUUGAAUAUUAUGGAGAAAUUUCUAUCGGGACUCCACCUCAAACAUUUUAUGUAAUAUUCGACACAGGAUCACCAUAUUUAUGGAUACCAUCUAAAAUGUGUGAUUCCAGUGAUUUAGCAUGUCAAGUACAUCAUAAGUAUGAUAGUUCGAAAUCUUCAACUUAUAAACCGAAUGGUGAAUUAUUUUAUGUCCAAUACGGCACUGGAAUAGCAUCAGGAUUUUUAAGCUCAGAUUGUGUUCAUAUCGGUUCAUUGAAUAUUGUAGAUCAAACAUUUGGUGAAGUUACUCAUCAACCUGGUCAAGUAUUUAUAAAUUUUCAUUUUGAUGGAAUUAUGGGUAUGGGAUUUCAACAAAGAUCACAAAAUUCUAAUCCAACACCUAUAUUUCUGAAUAUGAUUGAACAGCGAUUAGUAGAUAAACCUGUAUUUGCAGUUUAUUUAAAUCUUAAUGAAGAUAAGACAACUAGUGGAGAAAUAAUGUUUGGUGGGAUUGAUGAUAGAUAUUAUACUGGUGAUUUAACUUAUUCAGACGUUGUAAGUGAAGAAUAUUGGAUGAUUAAAAUAGAUGGUAUAUCAAUCAACGAUAAAAUAUUUUGUCCAAGUGGAAGUACUGCACUAAUCGAUACGGGUACAGCUUUAAUAUCAGGUCCAACUGAAAAAAUUAAUAAUAUAAAUAAAUAUCUUGGAAGUAUACAAGUAUCUAAUAAUGAAUACAUUGUGGAUUGUAAUAAAAUUCACAAGUUACCAAUAAUCGAAAUAAAGAUUAAUGGCAAACCUAUUCAACUGAAAGCAGAUGACUACAUUGUUGAGGUUCUAUUCCGUUCACAAAUACAUGUCUUAAGUUGAGAAAGUUCAUUGCGAUAAACUCUAUUUACAGAGAUAAGUCGAACAUCACGAAUCUACAACUUCAUACUUGUUGCCAUCUGUCAGUGUAAGCACUCGAAAAUUUCUUACUCUUUUAGUUCAUCUGUACAUUGUGUAACAAAGCAUACCAAUAGUGAUUCGUUGGGAGGCUUCAUCGAGCUUUUUUCUGUUUUUGGUUUGUGAGAACUAUACUUUUUAGAUAAACGAUAUUCACUUAGUCGCUUGUCUUUGAAGUUUUUCUAAUUUAGAAGACCCUCUGAGUGAAAAAUCAAUUUGAAAUGGAAUCAUUCAAUCACCAGAUAUUAAUUAAUUCAUAAAUAAUAAAUAUAAACUUAACAAAUACAAAGAGUGCAUGACAUCCACCAAAAUACUUGUGGCUUAUGUUAUAUGAAUUGAGGUGUUUACUUUACAGAAGUUUAAAACAAUUUUCAGUUGAUUACCAAACACUUCAGUAGCAAUGAAACUUUAAAAAAUUGAUCAAAAAGUAUUUAUAAAUGGUAAAUGUUUCAAGCUAGUUAACUGUCUGAUGUGGACUACAUAACUGGUAAAUAGAAAUUACUAUAAAAUCAAUCAUAAACAUCAAUCCAUAUAAACGUUUUGAGUAAAAAUAACAGUAUUUCAUUGUUAUAUCUUAUUAUUACUAGAAAGUUUCAAACGGUUCACGAA